GAAUGGAUUGAUUCCCGGCUGAGUUGGAUAAACAACAAUACAUACGACAAUGUCAAUUUUUUGUUUAGUGACGAGAAAAGUGUUUGGAAACCAACAAUCAUUGUUGAGAAUUCUGUGGAUGAUAUUGAUGUCAUAUCAAGACCGAGCGUUCCUAUGAGAAUCUAUGCAAAUGGUGGAAUAAAUUGGCUUCCAGAAAAUGGGGAAUGGGAAUUAAUCAACACAGGAUACGAAUCUCUCGAGACAGUUCGAGAGUCAGAAAGUUUUAGUCGUCUCGUUUUCUCCUUAACAUUUCGUCGCCGAGCCAUGUUUCACUCUCUCAACACACUGUUUCCGGUUGUCCUCAUGGCGUUCUUAACUGUUAUUAUCUUUAAGCUGAAUCCGGAGUCAGGUGAAAGAGUCGGCCUGGCAUUAACUAUAUUACUCGCUUAUGCUGUAUACCUUGGUGUCAUUUCUGAAAGUAUUCCCCAGACAUCAUUGUCUGCAAGUCUGCUUUCUUCAUACAUAGCUUGUAUUUUGUUUCUACAAACUCUUGCCGUGUUCCUUACUGUAAUCUACCUCGAUACAUACUUCAACCCAGACGACAAACCUGUCCCGAAAUGGCUACAUACAAUAACGUCAUCGGUGUUAAUCAAACUUGCGUGCGUUGACUGCAGUAGAAUAAAUAAGAAAGUAUCUCCCAAUCCAUCUGAUAUGAAUAAUGAUAGUGUCACAAUUCCUCAACACAAAUCCGACUAUAGCAAAAGCGAAAAGAUUGUUUCCAUUGAAGAUUACGUAGGAGACAGAAAUGAAGUCUGGGAAGCUGAUAAACCGAUAUCAUCUGAUAAAGAAUACUCUUGGAAAGAAAUUGCCUUGCUUUUGGAUAAAGUUACCAUGUAUAUAUAUUUAUCCCUUGUGACGACAUUGACUGUUGUAACAGCAUGCGUGAUGCUUGUUCAUUAUGGUCUCGCAUAUUAAUUAAUAUUAAAACCAAACUAGUUAUUAACUGAUCGUGACAGACAUGUGUAUGUGUGUGUUUGCGUGUGUGUUUGUGUUAUACCAUAUACGCUUUGUAUAAUACUAUCGUCAGCUGUUUUAGAUUGUUGACGAAGCACAUGCCCUUAUACUAAAAAUUACAGUUUUUCCAUAAAAUAUAUAUAAAUAAAGUAUUUUGUUUAAAUUAAGACCGUGUGUUAAAGUUUCUGUGAAGAAAUAGAAGAACUGUUGGUCUGAUUAAAACCACAACAUUAUUUUGUUAAAUGCUCUGAAACGAUAUAACGACCAACCCGUUAACAACAUAUACUGCUCAAACAGGUUUCAAAUCAG